GGGGCACUGCACACUCACAUUUCAUCCGGUGGUCUGUGCGUAGGGCUUCCGCGCCCGCACCAAACCUUUCACUGCGCCCAAUUUUCUUCGAUUUUCGGCCGCCUACCGUCGCCCUGAGAUUGCCUGUCCCAGACUGACCUCCCCCCAUCGACCAGCCAACAACGACAACUCGAUCGGAAUCUUCUCACUCGACAACCCUCCCGCAAGCAGUCAACCCCUCAGAACGAUCCCGAUCAGAGAUCAAUAAAGUCAAUAUGGCGGUCCCAGGUGCCCAGAUCUCCAAGAGGAGAAAGUUCGUCGCCGACGGUGUCUUCUACGCCGAGCUGAACGAGUUCUUCCAGCGCGAGCUGGCCGAGGAGGGAUACUCCGGCGUCGAGGUCCGCGUCACCCCCACCGUCACCGACAUCAUCAUCCGCGCCACCCACACCCAGGAGGUCCUCGGUGAGCAGGGUCGCCGCAUCCGCGAGCUCACCUCCCUCAUCCAGAAGCGCUUCAAGUUCCCCGAGAACAGCGUUUCCCUCUACGCCGCCAAGGUCCAGAACCGUGGUCUGUCCGCCGUCGCCCAGUGCGAGUCCCUCCGCUACAAGCUCCUCAACGGUCUCGCCGUCCGUCGUGCUUGCUAUGGUGUCCUCCGCUUCAUCAUGGAGUCCGGCGCCAAGGGUUGCGAGGUCGUCGUCUCCGGAAAGCUCCGUGCCGCCCGUGCCAAGUCCAUGAAGUUCACCGACGGCUUCAUGAUCCACUCCGGUCAGCCCGCCAAGGAGUUCAUCGACAGCGCCACCCGUCACGUCCUCCUCCGCCAGGGUGUCCUCGGUAUCAAGGUCAAGAUCAUGCGCGGCUCCGACCCUGAGGGCAAGGCCGGCCCCCAGAAGUCCCUGCCCGACGCCGUCACCAUCCUCGAGCCCAAGGACGAGACCCCCGUCGUCCAGCCCGUCUCUCAGGACUACGGCGCCAAGGCCGCCCAGGUCCAGGCUGCGGCUGAGGCUGCCCGGGCACAGGAGGAGCAGGCUGAGGGUGAGGAGCAGGCCCCUGCGGCUGAGCAAUAGGUGGCUCUCCCAGCUAGACACGCGCGUCACCCAUCCCUUCAACUUCCAACCCGUUCGGAUGAGUUUUUGAACGGCCAUCUGUCCCCAGGCAAUGACCGUGACCCUUUUCAGCCUCACUCGGACGCGGAGGCCCUCCCGGACGGAGUCAACGGUCACCGCCGGCAUGCGAGCGACCUUGACGGCUUCUGAACUGGGGGGAUAUUGAGGCGAGGAUGACCAGGUUUCAUCACAAAACAUCAGGGCUUGGCGUAAUUGAAAUGCAUUUUUGCUGGUUUCAGGGACAGGGAAAGUUGCUGGCUCCUUAGUGUAGUGCGCAGCCCAGGCUGACCUAGAAGAGCAAUGAAAGAGCAACGAGGAAAUGACAAAGCUAGAUCCACGCUUCC